AGCACCGCUCAGCACCCCCGGAGCGCGGAGGGUCCCGUCCCGACCCGGUCCGAGCCCUGGAAGAGGAUCCCACCAUGGCGAUGCUGCUGGAGCCUGGGAUGCAGAACCUGCACUUGGGUGCCAAUGGUGAGCGCUGCCCCACACCGUCCCCCCCCGGCUCCCCGGAGACACCCCAUGAUAGCUGCAGCAUCGCCCCAUUGACGCCCUCCCAGUCACCGAGGAGCGAUUCUCGCUCCCAACAAACCUCAUCCUUCUCUGUGGUGGUGGCCAUAGACUUCGGGACCACAUCCAGCGGGUACGCGUUCAGCUUCUGCAGCGACCCCGACACCAUACACAUGAUGAGGAAGUGGGAAGGAGGGGACCCAGGGGUGGCCAACCAGAAGAGCCCCACCAGCCUCCUGCUGAGCCCUGACGGAGCCUUCCACAGCUUCGGGUACACUGCCAGGGACUAUUACCAUGACCUGGACCCCGAGGAGGCCAGAGAGUGGCUCUACUUCGAGAAGUUCAAGAUGAAGAUCCACAGCACCAGUGAGCUCACCAUGAGCACGGAGCUGGAAGCCGUCAAUGGGAAGAAGCUGCCGGCGCUGGAGGUGUUUGCCCACGCGCUCCGGUUCUUCAAGCAGCAUGCGGUGCAGGAGCUGAAGGAGCAGUGCCCAGCGCUGCCGGAGCGGGAUGGGAUCCGCUGGGUCAUCACCGUGCCGGCCAUAUGGAAGCAGCCGGCAAAGCAGUUCAUGAGGGAGGCGGCCUAUAGGGCCGGGCUGGUGUCCCCGGAGAACCCGGAGCAGCUCCUGAUCGCGCUGGAGCCUGAAGCCGCCUCCAUCUACUGCAGGAAGCUCCGGCUCCAUCAACUGAUCGACCUGAGCUGCAGGUCCACGGGGCCAGGGCUGGAUCCAGAGCAUCCCAUUGACUCCAGCUUCCGGCAGGCUCGGGAACAGCUCCGGAGAUCCCGUCACAGCCGCACAUUCCUGGUGGAAUCGGGAAUGGGGGAGCUCUGGUCCGAGAUGCAGGCAGGUGACAGGUACAUCGUGGCUGACUGCGGGGGGGGCACCGUGGACCUCACCGUGCAUCAGAUCGAGAAGCCCCAAGGAACCCUAAAGGAGCUGUACAAAGCCUCGGGAGGUCCCUAUGGUGCCGUUGGGGUAGACCUGGCCUUCGAGCAGCUCCUGUGCCGCAUCUUCGGGGCCGACUUCAUCUCCACGUUCAAGGCCAAGCGGCCGGCGGCCUGGGUGGACCUGAGCAUUGCCUUCGAGGCGCGGAAGCGCGCGGCCGCCCCGGCGCGUGCCAGCGCCAUCAACGUCUCACUGCCCUUCUCCUUCAUUGACUUCUACCGCAAGCACCGCGGGCACAGCGUGGAGACGGCAAUGAGGAGGAGCAAUGUGAACUUCGUGAAGUGGUCAUCACAAGGGAUGCUGCGCAUGUCACCCGAGGCCAUGAGCGAGCUCUUCCAGCCCACCAUCAGUCAGAUCAUCAAGCACAUCGACGCCCUCCUCAAGAAACCCGAGGUCCAAGGCAUCAAGUUCCUGUUCCUGGUUGGCGGCUUCGCCGAGUCCCCGAUGCUGCAGCGCGCGGCGCAGGAGGCGUUCGGCUCCGUGUGCCGCGUGCUGGUGCCGCAGGACGUGGGGCUCACCAUCCUCAAGGGCGCCGUGCUCUUCGGCCUCGACCCCACCGUGGUGCGCGUGCGGCGCUCGCCCCUGUCCUACGGCGUGGGGGUCCUCAACCGCUUCGUGGAGGGGCAGCACCCGCGCGAGAAGCUGCUGCUCAAGGGCGGGCGCAUGUGGUGCACCGACGUCUUCGAGCGCUUCGUGGCCGUGGACCAGUCGGUGGCGCUGGGAGAGGUGGUGGAGCGCAGUUACUGCCCGGCGAGGCCGGGCCAGCGCCGCACCGUCAUUAACGUCUAUUGCAGCGCCGAUGACAGCGCGCGGUACAUCACCGACCCCGGCGUGCGCCGCUGCGGCACCGUCAGCCUGGAGCUGGAGCGGCAGUGCCGGCACAUGGGAGCGCGCAGGGAGAUCCGGGCGUCCAUGCAGUUUGGUGACACCGAGAUCAAGGUGACGGCCGUGGAUGUCAGCACGGCCAAGACCGUGAGGGCAACCAUUGACUUCUUGGCUAACUGAGCAAUGGGGGUGGCCGG